AUGGCACCUCGCAGGCAAAAUCGGAAAUACGACAUUGUCGUCUUGGGCGCCACGGGCUACACGGGCCAAUUGACGGCUGAGCACAUUGCUUCAAACCUCCCAAUCAACAUCAAAUGGGCUGUCGCAGGCCGAUCCGAAGCUAAGCUGCAGGCUGUCGUUGAAGAUUGCAAGCAAUACAACGCGGACCGCGCACCACCUGGCAUUGAAAUUGCCGAUAUUGGCGACGAAGAGGGCCUCAAGGCUCUUGCUGUCAAGACCAAGGUCCUGUUAUCCACUGUCGGUCCUUACUGCAAGUAUGGCGAGAAGGUCUUCAAAGUAUGCGCUGAGUCGGGCACUCACUACUUUGACGUGACCGGCGAGUCUGUGUGGGUGGGCAGCAUGAUCAAGAAGUACGACAGCGUGGCAAAAAACUCUGGUGCCAUCAUGGUCCCUCAAAUUGGUGUCGAGUCUGCUCCUUCUGACCUCACCACUUGGCUGCUGGCUGAGCAUGUUCGCGAGGAGCUGGAUGCCGAUACAAAGGAGGUCACCAUUUCUAUUCACAAGCUCAAGUAUGUUAUUCACGUAUUACUGGUAUUUUUGGUGAAUUCGGCGUGUAAACCUAACAGUUUUAGGGGAGCACCCUCGGGUGGCACUCUCGCCACCGUCCUCGGCCUCUUUGAUGUCUUUUCUCUCUCCGAAAUUCGUGCCGCGUUCUCACCAUAUGCACUUUCGCCGACGCCUCACACUGAAAAGCCGGAAAGACAGAGCUUGCCUCUGGCGCAUGCGCUGUUUGGCUCUCACUAUGAUCCGCACCUCGGCCGCCUCACGACCUCCCUGGCGGAUUCGACCGACGCUGCUAUUGUGGAACGCACCUGGGGCCUUCUCCCCGAGAUUCCAUCUCGCAAGGGAGAAUUCUACGGAGACAAAUUUGUGUGGAAGCAGUACAUGAAAGUAGAUAGUUGGUUCCAAGGAUUGUUCGUCCACUGGGGCUUGGUAUGGGGCUCUGUGAUCCUCGCGUUGCUGCCACCGGUCCGGAGCCUGCUGAAGAGCCUCGUCACUCAGCCAGGAGGUGGCCCCGAUCGCCAGGCUAGAUCAAAGGAGCUUCUGGAAUACCGAGGCAUCGCUGUGCCCGACGAUGAGGAGACGACGCAGAAAGCGUUUGCCACGGCUCGAUACGAUGGCAGCCCCUACGUUUUGACGGCUAUUCUGCUUGCAGAAGCUGCUGCUACCGUACUCCAAGAUGAUGUUAAGCUUGAUGGCGGCAUCUACACCCCUGCCUGUCUUGGACAGUCCUUCAUUGACCGACUGGACAGUGCUGGAUUCCAUUUCGAGGUCGAGACAGUGGCAAAAUAA